CUUUGGAACAUGGAUAACCCUGGGGAUCUCCUCCAAUGCACCUGACUAAAGUAGAUGGCUUUGUAGCACGGCAGAAGUCUCAGGCCAGCGUGCUUCCCUUGGCCAGUGAAAAGGCUGUCGAUACGUAUCCUUUCCUGUGUGCCUCUCUCGGACCCUCGCCUUCCUCUCCCUCAUCAGUGCACCAUCUACGACCUUCAGAUCUGGCCUUAUUUUCUGCGCUGGGGGUUUCCAACAGCCCUCUGGCAACUCGUGUCGUUGAAUGGAUAGCAGAGAUCUUGUCUACAUUCAAUCCUGAACUGUCGACCCUGCUUCCAGAUGCACCUCAAUCAACCAACAGGAAUCUACUUGAGGAAGCUCAUGAAUUGGUGUUGUCCCUCAGGCUUCGUGAGGCUGUGGAGAAUGAGAAGUCUUGGAAGCUGCUCCUGUUGUUUGUGAAUGUGGAUGAGCUUCAAGUCUCUGCGGGACAGGAGGCCUCCGCUGUCUCCUCAGCCACAAGGGAGGUGGAGAGAGUGCUGACAACUUUGCAGAGUCAGUUACACCAUACUCUGGUCCGUGUGGUAGUUUGGAGUGAUGACAAGGGAGCACUCGGCUCAAGCACACACAAGCUGGAAAAAGCCAUUGUUGCUGGUGUUCUACAGGAGUCUAUUUCAGAGCUGUUAGCAUCUCACCAGUGGUUUGGGGAGAGAGAUGACUUCAGUGCUGUGCUGUUCUCUGGUCCCCUUGGCAACCACCAUCCUACUGACCACGGCUCCCUGUACACUACUACUAACCCUACAGCUAACCAGCAUACCCUGCAACUGUGGGCCGAGAUUCUGCAGCCAAUGACGGGUCAGCCUACAGAGGAUGAUGAUAGAAUCUCAAGGAUAGCAUGUCCAACUGAGGACCUGCCAUACUUACGCACACAACGUAAUUCUCCAUCUGCGUUAAGAAACAGCCCAGAGACACAGUCAGCACCUCGACUAGAUCCUGUUAAUGGCAGCGAGCUUCCCUGCCCUGACCGGACCCCUUCACCUUCCAUACCCACCUCAGUCCAUGAAUUGCGUCCAGGUGAUAUCAAGGUGGUUGCUGCUUUGGGAGAUUCCCUAACAGCAGCCAGUGGUGCAGGGUCCGAUCCCUUUGAUGUUCUAGAUGUCAUAACUGCAUAUAGAGGCAUAUCAUGGAGCAUUGGAGGAGAUUCCAACCUCACCAAUGUCACCACCCUCCCGAAUAUUUUGCGUGAGUUUAACCCUUCGCUGGUGGGCUUCUCUGUGGGGACGGGUACUGCGGAAUCAAAUGCAUCCUUCCUUAACCAGGCCGUACCCGGAGCCAAAGCCCAUGAUAUGCCAUCGCAGGCACGAGUACUCAUUCAGAGGAUGAAGAAUGACCCACGUGUAGAUUUCCAGAAGGACUGGAAGGUGAUUACGAUAUUCAUUGGAGGAAAUGACCUGUGUGACCACUGCUCUGACACUAUGUACUUUUCCGCUAGAAACAUUGUGGGCCGCCUCCAGGAGACACUGGACAUUCUGCAAAAUGAGGUGCCCCGUGCUCUGGUGAACCUAGUGGAGGUCAUGUACAUCGUGCCCCUGAGAGCGCUGCACCAGGAGUCUUCUCUCAAAUGCCCCACCAACCUAGUCAAAUUGCUGUGCUCAUGUGUGGUGAGGCCCAAAGACAGUUCCCGGGAACUCCAGUUACUUAAAGAUAUCAACAGAGAAUAUCAGCGAGGUAUGGCACAGCUGGUGGACUCCGGUCUCUAUGACAAGCAUGACAACUUCACGGUGGUGCUGCAACCCUUCUUCAGAGAGGUUGUGCUCCCCCUGCUGGAAGAUGGUCGGCCGGAUCGCUCCUACUUCGCCCCAGACUGCUUUCACCUCAGCCAGAAGGCCCACUCACUCAUGGCCCGAGCUCUCUGGAAUAACAUGCUGGAGCCGGUGGGCAAUAAAACGUCCACAUACGAUUUCACAGAAGGUAUGGAUCUGCAGUGCCCAUCGAAGAGUGUCCCUUACUUGCGGACCUACAAAAACAGCAACUACACCUACUCUGGACCUGCUCCCACGCCUCUACCACCCACAAACUGGGGCAGUGAUUUCAGCUGCACAGACACAGCUCCCUCCCCAACCAUCCCCACAUCAGUUCACAGUCUGCGGCCGGGAGAUAUCAAGGUGGUGGCCUCGUUAGGAGACUCCAUCACUGCAGGGUUUGGAGCAAAGGCAAAGAACAUACUGCAGCUGGUAAAUGAGGAGAGAGGAGUGUCCUGGAGCAUUGGAGGAGACGAGACCUUGGAGACAGUCACUACUUUACCAAAUAUUUUGAAGAACUUCAACCCAAAUGUUUAUGGUUUCUCGAAGGGAAACAAGAAAAAAGACAAGGGCUUUAAUGUAGCAAUUAGUGGUGCUAAAGUAAGUGGGAUCCCAGGCCAAGUGAGAAGUCUGAUUCAAGCCUGGAGGAAUGACAGUAAGGUGGACAUGGAGAAUGAUUGGAAGAUUGUAACUCUGUUCAUCGGAGGAAAUGACUUGUGCCAGUACUGCCAAGACAGGUUGGCCCUUUCUGCGAAGAAAUAUGUUGAACACUUGAGGGACAGCUUGGACCUGCUUUAUAAUGAGGUACCAAGAGUGCUAGUUAACCUCGUGGAGAUUCUUCAGAUUGAAGACUUGAGGAAAGUGUCCAGGAACUCAUUGGGCUGUCAACUUGUACAGAAAAAUGCAUGCCCAUGUUUCUUGAAGCCUGGAGAGAAUUCCCUGGAACUUGCGGAGAUGAAGAGGGUGAACAGAAUGUUUCAGACGUUUACUGACAACUUGAUCAAUGGAGGACGCUAUGAUGGCAGGGGUGACUUUACUGUGGUCAUCCAACCCUUCUUCCAGAACACUGUCCUCCCCAUGACCAGCGCUGGCCAAGCAGAUGUGGAGUACUUCUCCGUGGACUGUUUUCACUUCAGUGAGCGAGGCCAUGCAGAAAUGGCCAUAGCACUGUGGAACAACAUGCUGGAGCCAGUGGGCAGCAAGCAGAUCUACAACGAAUUCAGACACAACCGCUCCAGGAUCCAGUGUCCCACAAAGGACCACCCAUACAUCUUCACUCGUGUGAACAGUGCCCCCCCAGUGCCCACCAGCCCUCCCACCACCACCACUCAUGUCCCUGACCCUGAGACCCCCCGGCCCAUCCAGUGCCAAGAGUCACUGCCAGUGUGGGCCACCGCUGUGCUGGCCGUCACGGGCCUGGUGAUUGGCUGGGCAGUCACCUGGGCAUUCCUCUCCUGCCAGCAGCGGCGGAGCAGAGAGAAGAAGGCGGCAGAAGCCGUCCAGAUGAAACAGGCGAAAUCUUUUAGAUUUUGAGGCUGCGUAAUUGUCUAAAGCAGCACAGGGUGCCAAACUCACAGUGGGCCGAAAUCAAAAUCUGGGACGAAGUUGCGGGUCACACUCAAUAUUUAUUAUUAAAAAAUGGAAGCAUGCAAGUUCAAAUAUGCCUGCACAUAUUCUGAUGUACUGUAUGUAUAUAUACCACUGACUUGUAUACUAUAACAUAUAGUACACAAGUCAGUGAUAUAUGAGAUGUUAGACUGGUCUGGGCCCACUCAUAUUCCUGUGACAAAAUGUUGUUAUAUGAUAAUGUAAAUAUAUAGUAUAAUAUAAUUUUGUCAUAUUGUAACGUAUU